UUUAACAUCUAUUUUAUUAAUCUUUGGAAUCGUGGUUGCGUCUAUAUCAAAACCGUAGAGGAAUCCGGUUGGUCUGUUUGCUUUUACUCCAUAAUGUUGACCAAUUGUAGGACAACGAAAAAUUCUUUCAGCGAAUAGGAUCGCUGUAGAAGUUCUCAAUUUUCAGUUCCUUGUGUUUGUUGAAGUCAUCAUAGGAUAUUUUGGAUUUUUCUAAUGUUUACGUGCGAUGCGUCGUGUUUUGGACAACAGUGAAAUGUUUUUGUGAAGUGUUGCAGGCAAAUAUGAUCAUUAUUUACAUUGACAUCCUAUUGUUGACAAUUUUGUUACUGUUGAUAUUGUUCACAUGCGGCUACUCAGUGUAUCGAGUUCACAGACUACAACAGAAUGGACAGGUUGCAAUAUUGCUCAAACCUACAAAGGUUUUGUUUUCUCAUAAAAAGGAAGGAGAAACCAAUGAACAGUUAAGAACGGUGGUAGCGUACCAAAACCCUUUCACUGGAGAUUACUGUGUCCGCAAAAGCCGAGAGCCGAAAGGGUACCUCAACGCUCUGGAGGCAGACUCGCCUGACAGCGGGCUAUCUGAUGACCAGUAUGAACCACUUAACCUAGUACCGCAGCCUUUACCUCCUAGUCUCAAUCAGGUUCCACCGGUACUGGAGGCAACCCAGUUUCAGGAGCCGUUUAAACCAUGUAUGACGCCGGUGUGUGACAAUAGCUUAAAUAAAACAUGGAAGUGGAAUUACACUGAAUACCAAAUUUAAAAUCACUUGGCGGCAACAAUGGAUCACUUUUCAUCCUGGAUUAAAUCAAACUACCCAACUAUCGGCUUUGGUCGUAUAAUGAAGGAAUACAGGCAGGCGUUAAAUGUGCCGAGCUGAAGCAGCGAUAGCAAAACAUGUUUAUAAAUAAUCGUAAAAUACUGACGCCUCACGGUUUGACCCGCGUAGUUUCAAUUCCCGUAGGAAUAAGGGGAUAAAAUAUAGCCCAUUUUACUAUUGGUAAUGUAGCUUUCCAUCGGUGAAAGGAUUUUUCAAAUCGGUCCAGUUCCUUCAGAGUCUAUUCAAUGCAAAUAAACAAUUAAAUAUUUCUUGUACAGUAAGGAUUUUCAUGAUAUGGUUUUGUUUUGUUUAUUACCUAAUUUGGAUAGGUUCUGAAACUAUUGGAUCGAUUAGAAAAAUUCUUUUGCUAUUAAAAUCCUCCCGAUGUACAUAAAUUAAAUUCUAUCCCCCACAUUCCUACGGAAGCGGGAAAUACGUGGAUAAAACCGCGUGUCGUCUGCUAAUGAACGUGCAUUAAUUUUUAUUAAUCGUCGUGCAAAACAAGCAAGUCAUUUGAAAGAGUUAUAACACGGACAAAGGAAAAUAAAAUACCUUUGCAUCCCCAUGGGAAGGGGAGGUUAAAACGCUUGUAAAAUUGGACUUGACGAAGGUAUAAUAAGAUUUAUAAAUUUGUGAAAGAAAGGUGUAACGGCUCUAAGGUCCGUUUUGUCAUAGCACUGUGCAAGCCGUUACAUAAAAGAGCUUCUACUUUUGUUAUAAAUGUUUUACAAUGGAUAAUUUUACAGAAACUGUUAUGAUCUUGUGGUGCUUAUUUAUACUAAUAUUAAGAGGUAAAUUUAUGAGGUUGAAUGAGAUCUCUGGAUCUAGAUCUAGAAAUAUAUUCCUACUUUAUUAUAUUUCCCGUAGUCCUCUCGAUAGGGAUUGUCUAUAGAGAUUGAUUAUUUAUUUAUGUACUGGUAAUAAAGCCGCCUUUGCAUGCUAAUUUUUAGUUUAAAUUAUUAAUUUAUUUUUGUAUUUUGACGGCCUCCGUCAAAGACGUACCGCCAAGCGAUUUAGCGUUCCGGUACGAUGCCGUGUAGAAACCGAAAGGAGUAUGGAUUUUCAUCCUCCUCCUAACAAGUUAGCCCGCUUCCAUCUUAGACUGCAUCAUCACUUACCAUCAGGUGAGAUUGUAGUAAAGGGCUAACUUGUAAAGAAUAUAAAAAAAAAAUUGUGUGCAAUUAAGUAUUUCACCUUCUUCGUACAAGAACUACAAACUUUACCUCUUUAAAAUGUUAGCACUAGCAUUUAAUAUAAAAUUGUGUGAUUUAAUCACACACACACGUAACAUUUGUGUGCUCUAAUUUUCUUGUUCUGUUUCGUUUAUAUAAUACUUCAAUGACGUCUCUUGGUGAGGAACCAACAAGCUUUUCAAGGCAAGAUGAAUAGGCUCUUACAACUCGCAGUCAUCUUUAAGAUGGACCUACGAAAUUAAAUAAUUCAAAAAAUAAAUUAUCAAUAUAAAUAACUUAUUAAUAAUUUUAAAUAGGUUUAUAUUUGAUAACCUAAAUAUUACAAAAGACAAGCAAAGUUUAGUAACAAGAUAGACACGUAAUAAAUACAAUGAACAACAAAACCUUAUUUCGUGAAUUCAUGAAUAGACAAUGCAGUCUACCAUCCCUACCCCCAUCAGCGGUUGAACAAGGCAUCUGCCGACAUCAUUUUUGGACAGGUUUUGUAGGGCUUACUCACCAUACAAUGUUUCGAGUUCUUUGGUAAUUUAAUACAAUAACAUCCUUGACAAAAAGUGUUGAUAGCAUGUCGUAUUUGUGCCAACGUUGUCAUGUUCAAAAUAAUUAUUAUCAUCACCAGUUCGUACGCUAUAGUAUGGUGCGGGUGACAGUUCGUUUCAGUCUUGCAAGUUUGCCGCGAUUCACGAUAAUAGUACGUACUAUGAACGUCAUGAGGCAAUUGUCACCCGCAGCAUGCUACCACGCACAUACUAUAAAUCAAAAUAUUUCCCACUUAUUUAUCGAUACAUGUAAAUAAAAUUACAAAUGUAUGUCAUUUCAAAAUAACUAUGUUUUAUCAAGUGCUUAUCUAUACUAGUCUUAUAAAGCUGAAGAGUUUGUUUGUUUGUUUGAUUGAAUGCGCUAAUCUCAGGAACUACUGGUCCGAUUUGAUAAAAUUUGUCAGAGUUAGAUAGGUCAUUUAUCGAGGAAGGCUAUAGGCUAUAUAUUAUCCCCGUAUUCUUACGGGAACGGGAAUCACGCGGGUGAAACCGCGCGGCGUCAGCUAUAGUUAUAUAAAUGGAUUCUAAAGCAUAUAUAAACAUUUUUAUUUCAUUUUUGUCUCUCUAUCUGUUUUUAUUUGCCAAUCUUUAGCACGGCUCGACCGAUUUUAGUUGAAGUUAAAAAAGAUUUUGAGCUACAUAUAGGCUACUUUUUAUCCGCGAAUACCGCGGGGUUUGUGAAAAACCAAAAACCAAAUAAAACCAAAGAACAGAUGACUGUAGAAUUUCGAUUAUUUGAUGAAUACGUGAGUGUAAACUUAAUUAGCCCUAGAUUUUGUUUUUAGUACUGGUGAUUGAGGGCUUUAUGAUUGCUUAUUUAUUCAAAAGUAUUUGAUACUUUUGAAUUUUAAAUUUUUUAACCUAGAUUAUUGUUAAGUACAAAAAAUUUAAGAGAUGUAUCAUAAUGCUAUGGACGUAACGUAUAAAUCCUACUGUUGAUAUUCUAAAUUCUUUAAGAGUACUUAAGUAUAAGAUAUUUAUUAAAAGUUGUUCAUUUGAAAUUUGAUGUAAAAUACAAUA